AUAAUAUGUUGAACAAGAACCCAAACCUCCACCUACCAAGGAAAAGCAACCAAAAAUGCAAAUCAAAAUCAUCGAAACCAAUGUCAUCGUUCCAUCUUCGCCACCAUUCACCGACGAUCACUUCCUCCAACUAACCCACCUCGACAACGACCCCAACCUCCGCGUCACCUUCCGCUACGUCCGCGCCUACCACAAUACCAACUCCUCCCCCUCCCCCUCCAACCCCUCCCACGUCAUCUCCGCCGCCAUCUCCGCCGCUCUGGUCGACUACUACCCUCUCGCCGCCACUAUCCGCUCCCGCCCCGAUCGCCGCUUCGAGGUCGUUUGCUCCAACGGCCAAGGCGUCCCCCUCAUAAUCGCCUCCGCCGACUCCACUCUCGAUUCUGUCGGAUACCUCGAUGACCCAGCUGCGGAUUUCGUCGAACACUUGGCGCCCGACCCCAACCCGGAAGAGGCAAUGUCCACCCCGUGUAUGCUGCAACUCACGGUGUUUAACUGCGGCGGGUUCACUCUCGGAGCCGCCAUACACCACUCGCUGUGCGACGGAAUGGGCGCCACACAGUUCUUCAAUGCCGCGGCCGAGUUCGCCCGCGGGGCGACUCGGGCGUCGGUUGAGCCGGUGUGGGACCGAGCGGGGCUGCUGAGACCCAGAGACCCGCCCCGAAUCGGCGCACCGGUGCUGCACGAGUGUCUGAGUUUGGACAAGGGGUUCCCGCCAUACGGACAGGCGGAGGCGGUGGGGCCGGUUGUUAGGGAGUGCUUUCAUGUGAGAGACGAGUGGGUGGAGAAAUUCAAGGGGGAGCUGUUGGAGCAGAGUGGGUUGAACUUCACCACUUUCGAAGCUCUCGGUGCUUUUAUAUGGCGUGCCAAGAUUAAAGCCAUAGGGCUUCCAAGUGACGAGAAGGUAACAUUUGCAUACUCAAUCAACGUACGAAGACUAGUAACCCCUGCAUUACCAGCCAGCUAUUGGGGCAACGGCUGCGUACCAAUGUACGUGAACCUCACCGCCACAGAACUAACCUCGAAGCCGCUUUCGUCCGUGGCGGAUCUGAUCAAGAAGAGCAAGAGCAACGCCACGGACGAGUACGUCCGCUCGUUCAUCGACUUCCAGGAGCUGCAUUACGAGGACGGGAUCACGGCGGGGAAGGAAGUUAGCGGGUUCACUGACUGGAGGCACUUGCGCCACUCAAGUGUGGAUUUUGGGUGGGGAGGUCCUGUGACUGUGUUGCCACUUUCAAGGAACUUGCUAGGGAGCGUUGAGCCUUGUUUUUUCUUGCCUCCGUCGUCAUCGUCGGCGGGUGUGGGGAAGAAGGAUGGGUUCAAGGUUUUGGUGACCAUGAGGGAGAGUGCUGUGCCGGCUUUUAGAGAGGAGAUGGAGAAGUUUGGCUGCCUGGAGGGCGAUCUGCUGUCCCGAAUUUGAUGUCUCAUUUGUGUCUCGUUCUUAAUUUUUUGACAUUCGUCUAUUAAUUUAACACCAAUGUUAACACUGUUAAUUUUUUAUAAACUAAUUGAAAAAUUAAAAAUUAACAGAGUUAGGUUAGAGUUAAGUGAUAGUACACGUGCCAAAUAAAUAAAGAAGGAGACGUGAAGGAGACACCAGUUCGGGACAGCAUACCCGGAGGCCGAGUUUGGGUUGCCUUAAUGUUAUGCAAGAAUACUUUCACUGUGAUAUGUGCAUUAUUUUUUGUUAUAAUAAUUCAUCAUCAAUGUAAUAAUUAUGGAUCAACUAUUACAUCCUCUGAUUAGGUUUUUGGGUGCUGAAAAUACAACCAAAAGAGGUGACAAAACACAGUGAAAAUAAUGAUAAACCACAUUAGGUUUUUAUUUGGGGUUUUUGAAGCUCUGUAUAUGGCACCAUGUAGGGAUGAAUAAUUGUUGUUCUGUGGUUCGGAAUUGACGAGGUGAAUUGUCGGCCGCUUCUAGUUUCUAGGUAGCUGCAGCAAGUUAUCCCUCGUCUAGGUUUUUAGGGUUUUCUCUGUUAGUCAUCUUUGGACUUCUGUUGUUUGACUGUUUGACCUCUUGUGGAUGGUCUAUUUGAGAAUUGAAAUCGUUUGAUGUGUUUUUUCUUUA